CUGAAAUGUCACUUCAGGUGUGAUCUUACCGAGCAGAAUGCAGUGGUAAUUGGCAGUGCAACGUUUCUUAUCUCGGAAGUUGUUUGCAAUAAUGACCAUUUUUCGAGGAAUAUCAUCAGUGAAGAGACAAGCGAUUUUGUGGCGUGCAUGUCAAUAGCAUCCACAUCAAGACCUCGUUCACAGCCAGUUCUGAUUCAGUUCUCUGCGAAGAAUUUAUCGAAGAAGGGCAUGUUCGGCGAGCCUCAGGUUCUCCAAAACCUGCCUCUGAAUUGCAACCUGUCAUUCUUUCAUAGUACAAUUAAGAGUUGA